CUCUCUCUGUGCCCUCUCCUCUUUUGGUCCCACAAUCGACAGGCACUGCUGCUGUAGUGUGUGGACACAUCGACCCUCUCUACAUUAGCCUCCAGCAUCACUUGGACUCUCAGUGCCAGCUUUCUUUUCUUCUGUCUCUUUUGUCUCUUCUUAUCUUGUUCCCACGGGGGUACCCUCUACUCAACCCUCUUCUGCUUCUCUCUCUUCUCUCUUUCUCUCUGUCUUUCUCUUUCUCUGUUUCUCUUCCUGUCUCUCAUCUCUGGUUCUCUCCAUGCCGUUCUCCUGCAAACUCCUCUUUCAGACAGCAACAUGGUGAACAGAUAAGCUGGCUCGCUGGUGAUCACCAUGGGCUCGUGCCUCUGCAAAGGUCAGAAAGAGCUCCAGGGUACUCAAAUGUGUCCCAUGGGAGACCUUCAGACGUAUGCGGAAGGACAGCCCAUUAACAAGGGUAUUCAUCAGCCUUACAAUGGAGGCUUUGCUGAUAAGAAGAAUGGCAGUGGUUAUAACAUUGGCGAGCUGGCUACGUCCUCUCUGCAGGGCCUGGUGGCUACGAUAAAGGACCACAUCACCAAGCCCACGGCGAUGGCGCAGGGGCGCGUGGCUCACCUGAUCGAGUGGAAGGGCUGGGGGGGUGACGGCGGCGCCGGGGGCAGCUGGUCUGGCUGGAACCAGCCAGGGGGCGUGGGCGCCGCCCUGCAGGAGGAUCAGCAGCUCUACUCCCACCUGACCGAUGAAAUCAAGGAGGCACGCUUCGCUGCGGGGGUGGCCGAACAGUUUGCUCUCGCCGAGGCCGCCUUGAACGUCUGGUCUCCCCACGUCAUCUCAGAUCAGCCCACAGCUGAAUCCGUCGCGCUGCAAGGCGCGGAGGGGCUCUUCCUGUCCCAGUUCUUGCUGGAUGGUGGGAGCGUCGGGGUGCCUCAGCACCUCUACAGUGUUCACGUGGAGCCCAGCCCCGACGCCAGGUCCCUGGGGGUCCCGCCCCAGACUCGGUCCUGCUCCCCUGGCUCCACUCACAUGCCCCUCUCACAGGUCCCGAGGACUCCCCAGGCGGAGGAUAGGGUCCGGCACGUGGACAGCACCUCUCUAUCCGAGGACGAGGUUUUCUACAACUAGGACUCUGACUGAAACAAGAGAAAGUUGAGUUGAAAGGACCAACGGCUCUGAGAAAGGUGGUGACACAGGACAGGAAAUGUACAGGAAGUUGUGCGUUUCCGUGACGAUCUCUCAGUUGGUGCACAAGUUCAGAGAUGAGGUAAUUCAUGUUCAGUGACCCGGACAAGAAAGCGAUUUUGUUAGUUCGAGCAUGUGUGCAGACACGCUACCAAUGCCAAACAGUUUUCUGAAUAACGUCCUUGACAAUGUUUUUAUUGCUGCUUUUAAGUGUGUCAAAUCCAGAUUUUGAUGGAAAUCAGAAUGUCUUUUUUACGGACUGUAUGAAAAACUGUAAAAUAUAUCUGUGAAGGUGUAGUAUUAAACUAAAUGUAUUAAUUACCCAUGCAUUCAUUGUCAAGAUUGUAUGUGUGUGUGUGUGUGUAUUUGUGUGUUGAAUAUUUGUGUGUGAAAAACUUGAAGUCCAUGAACAGUCAGCCUCGACAUUCAAGAGGCCAAGAGUGCUUCAACUUGUUAUCCUACAGCCAGACACUUUUCAGACCCUUCGUCUGCAGCACUUCACUUGCAUUCACAGAACACAUUUCCUGCCAGGCUACCGUGCUGAAAGGAGGCCUGUAAAGACACAGCCAUGGACCAGUGAACGGAAUCUGUGCCUGCUCCUGCAGUCACAUCCAUCACCCUCUAAAAUGGUUGAAUGUUGCCACUUUUGAGGGCUUUGGGUUCACAGUUCAGAAAAUUGUAUCAAAUAUCAAUAUCACAUAUCAAUGUGUGUGUCUGUGUCACUGUGGUGGCCUUGAUAUACAGACAACAAGACAGUGUAUAUAUAUAUUGUUUAUGUCUGUCUCCUCAUUCAUCUGCCCUUCUUUUUCCAUUGUGUACAAAACCACAUGGCUGUCUGUUUGCUUUGUAUAGCGGAGACGUGAUGUUGUUGGUUGUGGCUCUCUGCAGAGAGUAGCACCAUUCUAGGCUCUCUUCAUCCAUUAUGAGAUGAGCCAGACAGGGGCAGGAAUAACAAUUAUCUGUCUGCUUCCCUUCCAUGAUUAGCCUUCAUUCACACCUAACUGGCGUCAGUAGGGGCACGGAGGAGAGAGAGAGAGAGAGAGAGAGAGAGAGAGAGAGAGAGAGAGAGAGACAGCAGAG